CUAAUAUUGUUAAGCAAGAAAAGAAAGGUAAGAUGGAGUACAUGAUUAGUUUAACAGCAUCCAUUGAUAUUGCAAGAUUGCUUCUGACUUUGGGUUUGCCAUUUAGAGAUCAUGAUGAAAGUGAAUCUUCUAAGAGGAAGGGAAAUUUUGAACACAAGAUUGAAGAGCUUGGUUGCCAACUUGAAAAUUUUGUUGAGAAUAUUCGUGAUGAUUCAAGAUUCUGCAAUCUGAAAGGGCUUGCUGAUCUGUGCAAGAAAUUAGUUGAAAAAAAGAAACACACUUCUUAUCAUUUGGUGUUUUUGUUAUUGAAGCUGGUAUUAAUUCUACCCGUCGCCACAGCAUCAGUCGAGAGAGUUUUUUCUGCUAUGAAGUAUAUCAAGUCUGAUUUGCGCAAUAGAAUAGCCUUGACCCCACAGGGUUUGAGUCCUGGCUCCGCCACUGGAUGCAGUUGA